CCAAUAAGGGAUUGCAAGCGCUGUCGAGGGUGAGGCAUAAAUGUAUGAACAAGUGUAAUCAAAUCCUUUUUUGUUGCUAUCAAAAACGACAUUCACUAUCGACCGAGCAUGAAACCGAUACUGAGGCUGUCCAUUCGAAGAGACCGAGAUUAGCGAGUGAUGCGAUCUGAUAUUUCAUGACAUUCUAGCAGCGGCGUGAGUAGGWAAUGCCGCAGCAACCCAGGCCUGUGUGAUGAAUGAAAACAGCGAAUGAAUGAAAAGCAAGAGACAAUUGUGUAGUUUGUUUGCGGUUUUUUCAUGGGUUACCACAAACAUGUGUUUGUGUUUAGUUGUUUUUCUUUUUGCAAAACUGUAAUGGCAGCAUAGGAUGAUGGAGACGCRAAACACUUUCGAUAGACAGUCAGUCACUAUUUGAUGACAUCAGGGGACAUGUUGAUGUGCAGUCUGUCCCAUGAGUGAGCCACCAUGACUGCCCUUAGGCAGAGGAAGGGCAGCAAAGGAAGUAAGGAGCCUGGUCCAGAGGUCCUGAACCAGAGGUUCUACCCUUCAGCAGAGCCCCUCUCGAGGACUUCAGACGGCGUAUGGACAUGGAGGACGGUGCUAUGGGUUGCCAUAGGUUGGAUUGUGGGCAUUAGUCUUGGCAUGCUGUGCUGUAUCUACGUGGCUACACUCCAUGAAAAUGACCUGUGGUUUUCCAACAUCAAGGAAGUUGAGCGUGAAAUCUCCUUUCGGACAGAAUGUGGCCUGUACUACUCGUACUAUAAACAGAUGUUGAGAGCUCCCUCCAUACAGCAAGGUCUUUCAGAGCUCAUCAAUGAUAAUGCCACUGAAUCCAAGAGAACCAUCAACCUCCUGCGACGCAUGAACAUCUAUCAGGAGGUGUUCCUAGGUGUUCUCUAUAGGAUUCUACCCAUACAGGCCUACCUGGAGCCAGUGUAUUUCUAUAUCUACACAGUGUUUUCCCUCCAAGCGGUGUAUGUCAUAGCCCUAUUCAUCACCAGCUGGCUGCUCAGUGGUUCCUGGCUAGCAGGGGCUCUCACUGGAGUCUGGUACAUCCUCAACAGAGUGGACACAACGCGGGUGGAGUUCACCAUCUCUCUCAGGGAGAACUGGUCCCUGCCCUUCUUCGCUCUCCAGAUAGCUGCCAUCACUUGCUACCUGAGGCCUCACCUCAAACCCAUCCAGCAGAAGGUGGUGUUGUGGCUGAUGUUCCUGGCCACGUUGUGUUUCUGCCUCACCUGGCAGUUUAAUCAGUUCAUCCUGCUGGUUCAGGCUCUCAUCAUCUUCACCCUGGACUGUCUGGACCUCAUCUCCACAGAACAGGUGACCUGCCUGUACCUAGUCCAGGUAAGCAGCCUGCUGUGCGUGUGGCUGCUGCAGUUCUGUAACUCCAUGAUCCUGGGCUCUCUGGCUCUCAGCUUCAUUGUGGCCGCUCUCUUUGUCAAGCACUUCCAGAGAGGGCUGAAGACAGGAGGUCUCGCAGCACGGCUGGGAAAGCUGCUCCUUCACACCGUCCUCGUCCUCGCACUAACAUUCACUAUUCAUUAUUUAGCCAAGCAAGCGUUGCAGGUCCGAUCGGAUGAACACAUCUUUAAAUUCAUAAAGUCCAAAUUUGGCUUKGGGCCUACCAGGUAGAAUGCACUGACUUCCUUCAUCAUAGAGACCGAAGAGCGACUGCUUCCCUUGGACACGUUUGACCGCUUGGCUGGCACUCUGCUGGCAUACCCUUACCUCGUCACCCUGAUUGUGCUCCUGGUGAUGCUGGCGCUGGUAACACUGGCCAACCUCUGUGAUUCUUCAGCRGUCGGGCGUCCKCUGAAAGGCCGGUUCGAGGAGCGGCCGAUUUGUAUGCGGGCAGAUGUCGCCUACAAUCUGUUACACACCGUCUUCUUCGGCCUCCUGGCGCUCAGCACCAUGAGAAUGAAAUAUCUGUGGACAGGCCAUAUGUGUGUCUUUGCUGCCUAUGGCGUGUGUGGCAAGGAGCUGUGGUCCCUCUGCCUGAACAUGAUCCACUGCAACACUAAAACAAAGCUGAGGCUGAUCAGGUACACGGUUCCACUUGCCAUUCUGGGAUUCCUAUAUUACAAGUUCUGGCCCAAACUGAUGACGGAAGUAUCAGAACUGAGAGAAUUCUACGACCCUGACACCGUUGAGCUGAUGACCUGGAUUAGCUCAAAGACGCCCAAGAAAGCAGUGUUUGCUGGGAGCAUGCAGCUGCUGGCUGGGAUCAAACUGUGCACAGGGAGAGUCCUGACUAACCACCCACACUAUGAAGACCGAGCCCUGAGAGAGAGGACCAGACAGGUGUAUCAGAUCUACGCCCAGCAAUCCCCGGAGGAGGUCCACGGGAUCCUGCGCGCGGCGGGGGCUGAUUUCGUGGUGAUGGAGGACAGCAUCUGCUACGAGAGGAGGCAUGGCCGGGGCUGCAGGCUCCGAGACCUGCUGGACCUGGCCAACGGACACAUCAUGGAUGGCCCUGGGGACAACGACCCAGACUUGGUCCACGCCUCCCAUCCUCGCUUCUGUGAGUCCGUCAAGACAGACGGCCCUGCCUACACAGCCCUCUUCACCCGCGUGUUCCAAAGCAAGACCUUCCACGUCUACAAGCUGAAGAAGGGCAAGAAGAGAGCCAAGGCAGACAGCGAGCCGGUGGCCAUGGAGGAUAAAACCCAGUAAUAAGACCCUGGGGACCCCAUAAACAACGCCCCAUACCCCAUAAACAACAUCCCACCCAUAUCCAGCCCGCCCGCCCAGUCUCCGACUCAGCCUCCUGCUCCCUGCCAAGUCGAUAACCCGAUGACUUCUCUGUGCUCCCUGCUCUCUGGUCUACCCGAGUUCAUCUGGAACCAUGGCUGCACUCUCCCACCCGCCGCCCUCCCUCCUUCCAUCCCGCCGUGCGCCACGGCGGCCAGAGGCAGGUGAUCACGUCCGGCUGACACGGCGCUGAUUUGAGCAGCGUCUGAUUGCGGCGGGCGAGCAGAUGAGCACAUGCAUAUCAAACCAGGGCUUUGUGUCAGGAAGCUCAUGUUUAAACAGGAGAGGAGGGAUGRCGGCGCAUCACAACAACAUUCGCGGCUCCCCUCUCGCUUUCACCCAGACUAAAGGCAGAGCAGAGGAGAGGAGAGAGACCUUUGAGAGGGAGCUGAUUGAAAGAUAGAGCAGCGGGGGUAAUUAUUGCGAAGUCUGGUCUCUUUGGUGGCUGGGUCUGCAGCCUGACUGCACAGCUGCACCCUGUGCCAUUUUCCUUAUUU